UAACCAUGUACCUUAUCUUGUCUUUUCACAGACUAAUGACUACUGGCCUUUGGCUUAGGACAAUAAAUUGAUAAAGGAUAUUGUCAUAAGAGCUUAAGUUAUAGUGUGAAGCUUCAAGCCUUAACAUCUUUCUUCUUAAAUUUGUGGUUGAACCAUAUUUUUUAUAUUGAUUAAAAGUAGAGGUCAUUUUAUUACAGUUACAUACCAUGGCAUCAAGCUCCAGUUCUUCUGGCGGAGACUUCAGACGCAAGUGGGACAGAGAUGAAUAUGAAGAGCUUGCUAAAAAGCGGUUGCGAGAAGAGGAAGAUGAAGCACUUGACCAUGAUUCUAAAGGAGCCUCUGUGAAGCGUGAACUGCUCAGACAGCGAGACUACAAAGUUGACCUUGACUCCAAGCUUGGCAAGAAUCAAGUCAUCACUAAAACAACACCUACAUCACAGUCUGGAGGAUAUUACUGCAAUGUAUGUGACUGCGUCGUUAAAGACUCCAUCAAUUUCCUGGAUCACAUUAAUGGCAAAAAACAUCAGAGAAAUCUUGGAAUGUCCAUGAAAGUUGAGCGUUCCUCGCUUGAACAGGUCAAGAAACGUUUUGAAAUGAACAAGAAGAAGAUGGAAGAAAAGAAGAAAGAAUACGAUGUUGAGCAGCGACUGAAGGAACUUAAAGAGGAGGACGAAAGGAUGCGCGCAUACAGACGAGAGAAGAAGAAAGACAAGAAGCGCAAGACCGCACCUACUGAAGAGUCGGAAGUUGAUCCUGAAAUGGCCAAGUUAAUGGGAUUUGGAGGUUUUGGAUCUAGCAAGAAGUUGUGAUUGUGUACAUUGAUAAUCCGUUUAGAAUAAGCGCCGUUUUUUAUUUAAAUAAAAUCGUAAUCAUUAUAA